AUGGCUGGCGAAGACUGGGGCUUGAUUGUGGUGUCCUUCUUGGCAAGAGUUGGAUUUUUCCUCUUCGGUAUUUACCAAGAUGCUAAUUUUAAAGUGAGAUAUACCGAUAUCGACUAUUUUGUGUUUCAUGAUGCUGCCAAGUAUGUAUAUGAGGGCAAAUCACCUUAUUCAAGGGAUACAUACCGUUAUACACCACUAUUAAGUUGGCUGUUAGUUCCAGAUCAUUUUUUUGGAUUUUUUCAUCUGGGGAAGAUCAUAUUUGUUAUCUUCGAUCUGAUCACUGGACUCAUAAUAAUGAAGCUUUUAAACCAGGCCAUUUCCAAAAAGAAAGCUUUGAUAUUAAAAAGUAUUUGGCUACUGAAUCCGAUGGUUAUUACUAUCAGCACCAGAGGAAAUGCUGAAAGCGUACUUUGCUGUUUAAUAAUGUUCACAUUGUAUUAUCUACAAAAGGGCAGGUACGCAAUAGCAGGUCUCUUCUAUGGUCUCUCCAUUCAUUUCAAGAUAUACCCAAUAAUUUAUUGCAUCCCGAUAACGGUUUUUAUAUAUUACAGAAAGAGCAAACAAGGUUCAAGAGCGCAACUAACAUCACUACUCAAUAUCGGUUUGAGCACACUGAUGACUUUGCUGGGUUGUGGCUAUGCAAUGUACAAAAUGUAUGGAUACGAUUUUUUGGAUCAGGCAUACUUGUAUCACUUGUAUAGAACAGAUCAUAGGCACAAUUUUUCGAUAUGGAACAUGCUAUUAUAUUUAGAUUCUGCAAAUAAGAGCAAUAGGGAGUCUAAUUUGUCAAAAUAUGCAUUCGUGCCUCAAUUACUGCUCGUCUUGAUAAUUGGGUGUCUUGAGUGGUGGAAUCCAACAUUUGAUAACCUACUGAGUGUCUUAUUUGUUCAAACGUUUGCCUUCGUUACAUACAACAAAGUUUGCACAUCACAAUAUUUUGUCUGGUACUUGAUCUUUUUACCAUUUUACCUGUCAAGAUCACACAUUAGUUGGAAGAAGGGUCUUCUAAUGGCGAUACUUUGGGUAGCGACGCAGGGAAUUUGGCUGAGUCAAGGCUACUAUUUAGAAUUUGAAGGCAAGAAUGUAUUUUUUCCUGAACUCUUUGGAGCGAGCGUAUUAUUUUUUCUGACUAACGUGUGGCUACUGGCUCAAUUCAUCACCGAUCUCAAGACACCGUUGCCAGUCACAAAGAUUAACCAAGAAAAGAUCAACUGA